AAGGCCUAGAUAAGGGUCUUUUCUGCGACAUGAAGCCCAUAGAGCCACAGGCUUAAGUCUGCCAGUGGUCUGAUCGGGGUUGAGAGACGAGAGAAUGGAGAAAGACGAGAGAGGGAAAGAGAAGGAGAGGGAGAAAGUAUGCAAGAGGUGCAAGCAGACAUUCACUUCCUCUUCCAACACUUCUUCUGCUUGCCGUUUCCAUCCAUCUAUUUUUGUCUGCCGUCGUCAUGAUGACCAAAAAAGGUACUAUGAAUUGGGACCUGAAGAUCCACCAUAUGCUGCGAAAUUUUAUGAUUGUUGCGGGGCUGAGGACCCUGAGGCAUCUGGCUGCACUACCAGUUUUCAUGUGUCAUAUGAUGAUUGAUGUAAUGUUUCUCAUCAUCACCUAGAUUUUGACUGGAUUGAAUCUGAAUAUAUAUAUGCGUGCUUUAUUAUCGGGUGUCUGUAAAUGUAUCAUGGGAUAAUUGUCUUUUGUUAGGUACUUUGCAAUAAUGUUACACCUUAAAUUAGGUUUUA